AUGGCAAAAGCCUUAAGUUUUAAGGAGGGGCGGGUGAUGAACAUAUCUUGGCAAGUAGAAAACUCUGGAAUAGAUUGUGGAGUCUACCUCAUGAGGCAUCUGGAAAGCUACAUGGGGGAAAAUGAAGGGCGUUGGGAGUGUGGUCUUACAUGUAAAAUUCCUGGUGAUGUGAGUGCUAUAAUUAAGUUAAGAACGAUAUACAUGGUAAGAUUGUUGACAGCAGAUUUCAACAAGUAUAAGAGUAUGAUAGAUAAAGAUUUUGAAGCGUUUCGUAAGCUGGAUAUUUUGGAUCAAAACUUUCUUCUUCAAGAAUAA